AUGGUCUUGACUGACACAAGGUUACCGGCGGAUCACAACUUCUGGACUCAACUUGGUGCGACUUCGGUAGCGGUUAUCUCCCCUGGAGAUACAGCAGGCGGAGUAGCAGUGGUGGGCUUUAACAAUGAAGCAGUUUUCAGCGAUGUCUGGCGGCAUGAAUCAGGGAGGUUGGUCGCGGUGGAUUCGGGGCAUGUGCUUCUUACAGGAGAUUUGAACAUUGCUGCAGAUCCAAUCAUGGAUAGAACAUCGCAGCAUGGUUCAGAUGCGGAAGAAAAGAGAUUGCUGCAUCUGUGCGCAGCAUGGGAUCUGAAAGACACUUUCCGGACGCUUUACCCCUCACGGCUGGAAUACACCUUUCUGGCGAAAGCAACAAUGACAAGCUCACGUAUUGAUAGAGCGCUGGCAUCGGCUUCUCUUCUUCCGCUUGUCGCAGACGCCUAUCACACUGCGGCUCCUCCUGGUGUUACAACCACUGGUUUGGGAUUACCACUGUGUUGUCGGCGCAAUCUGGAGAAGCGCAAGGUCCGGGGUUGUGGAGGAUGCAAGCGGGCCAGACAAAACUUCCGGGAGGUGGCGGCCCUGCGGCAUGAGUUUAUGGCGGACUCAAGCAGAGGGGAGAAAUAUGAUGAGCUCAUCAAGUACGAAGCUCAGCUUAAAGCAUACCGCGACAGUCAAAGGAGGCGUAAGCAGACAAUGGCGGGGAUCGUAGAGGAGAUGAAUGGGGAGAUUGCGACAAGCUUUCUAACGCAGAGGGUAGCGUCAAGGAAGGCGAAAACAACGAUUAAAGAAAUCGUGUAUGAGGGGAAACGUUAUGAAGGGGAAAGAGAAGUCUUAACAGCAGCAUCGGCCUUCUUUGCCAAACUUUUUGGAGACAAAGGACAUGCUGCCGGAGUAGAUGAGUGGCAGAUGGACUCCUCGAAAACAUUGGAUGAAGAAGCGAGGCAGAGGCUCUCGGCGCCAUGGUCGGAAGCAGAAGUCAAGCAAGCGAUGAAAGAGCUCCCAAGGGGAAAGGCACCGGGGGCAGAUGGGCUGCCGAAGGAACUGUUUGAGGAUAACUGGGACCUGCUAGGGGAGUCGGUAAUGGACUUCAUGCGGGAGUUUGAGAAGUCAGCGACACUACCGAGAAGCACCUCAACAGCGGUGACGAUUCUGCUACAUAAAAAAGGGGAUCGGACAAACAUGGGGAAUUACAGGCCGAUCACCCUGUUGAGUGCAAUAUACAAGAUCGUGGCAAAACUGCUGGCGAACAGGAUGAAGAAGGUGUUGUCGCAAGUCAUCUCAGGAAACCAAUUCGGUUUUGUUCGGGGCAGGAGGCUAGCUGAUGCAGUUAAAGUGGUAGCAGACACAAUUGAUGCAGCGAUAACAGGGAAGGAGGACUGGUACUUACUGCUGGUAGACUUUCAGAAGGCCUAUGACUCGGUGUCGAGGCCUUUCCUCUUCCGCACCUUGGAACGAAUGGGUUUCCCGGCGGAGUUUGUCAAGUGGACCCGGGGGCUACAUGACCAGGCGGCGACUCAGCUGUUGGUCAACGGAUGGCUAGGAGAGCGAGUGGAAGUGGAAUCGGGCGUGCGCCAGGGCUGUCCGCUCGCACCUUACCUGUUUAUCUGCGCAGUAGAACCAUUGAGCCAGGAGGCGAAAAGGAGGAAACUGGGUCUCCGGAAAAGAGGGAGAGGUGGUCUAACAUACCUGGGCUAUGCAGACGACACAACUCUUCUGCUUAAAGGGAAGGAACAGCUGAGCAGGGCGAAAUGCCUCCUGGAAGACUUCAGUGUCCGGUCGGGGCUGCAGGUAAAUCAAGGGAAAUCGACGGUGAUGCCGCUGGGGAAGAACAGACCCAAUCCCCCACCUGCGAACACAGACUACAACUGGGCUGAAAGGGGGAAGCCGGAGAGGUUACUGGGUGUGUGGAUCACGUCAGACGGGAGAGCGGAACCCACAUGGGAAAAGACUCUGGUGCGGGUCAACACGAUUCUCACAAAUUGGGAGAAGCUCCAUCUGACGACGACGGCGCGAGUGACAAUCCUGAAUGCGUACGUGAUGACGGUGGUGUUUUUCCAGGCGCAAGUCGGCGCUGUUGGAAGAGAACCCGAUGAAACAAUGGCUACAAGAGGAAGCGGCGAGUAUGCCCCUGGGAUGGGCGACUCUGUUGGCGCACAAGGCAAUACUGGCGGAAUGGACAUGCGGGAGCACAAGGUGGAAAUCACUUACACCACUUGUGUGGGAUAA